CCCNUCCCCCAUCUAUCCCCUUCUUCAUCUUCGCCUUCUUGUUCUUCUUCUUCUUCUUACCUUCCACGCCUUACCACGUCAACAACAAUCACCCAUCCACCACCACUUCCACCAACCUCAACCUCUUCCAUUUACUUCUUCUCUUCUUUCAUUACAACACCCUUUUCACUUUUCAACACUAUCCAUCAUCGCCCUCAUCACCAACAGCCGCCCAUCCUCACUUCUCCAACUCCCAACUCAACCCAAACACAUCGUCCGAGAGCUCGACCAUCGACUGGACCCUCACCCCAGCCGCAAUUCAACACUCUCCCUCCCAUUGACACCAGACACGAAGUGCGCGGGCCACACUAGCAGCCUCACCACACUCUGCGUUCUGCGCAUUGCGUCGCGACAACGCCGCCAACUUCUUGCCGCCUUGCGGUCAAACACCCGUGCCCUCGAUAUUGAUGGCGUCACACCACCCCUCGCCUCCAGGUGCCAUGCACCGGAUGGCCCCUCACCACCCCUCGCCCACCGCGGCGCUUCACAUGGGGCAACAGCACCAGGGCGGCCCGCCGAAUGGCCCUCCCGGCCCCGGGCAACAAGGCCCGUGGCCAACUGGACCGCCGUCGCAGAACCUCCCCGCGAUGAACGAGGCGGUCUGGAUGCAGAUUGGGAGCUUCCUCGAACUCCUCAAUACCUCGGAUGAGGCGAUCGUCGCGUACGAGCACGCGCUGCGUGCCAACCCGCACUCGAUUGCGGCCAUGACGGCCAUCGCGGGCAUUCUGCGACACCAGGAGCAGUUCCCCAAGGCCGUGGACUUCAUCCAGAAUAUCCUCAAGCUCGACCCGAGCAAUGGCGAGAUCUGGGGCAGUCUAGGACACUGCUACCUCAUGAUGGAUGACCUCCACCAAGCUUAUGCUGCUUAUCAGCAAGCGCUGUAUCACCUUCGCGAUCCCAAGGAACCUCGACUCUGGUAUGGCAUUGGCAUUCUCUACGAUAGAUAUGGGUCAUACGAGCACGCAGAGGAGGCCUUUUCGCAGGUCAUGCACAUGGCGCCAGACUUUGAGAAAUCCAACGAAAUCUAUUUCCGCCUCGGUAUAAUUUACAAGCAACAACAGAAAUACGGCCUGUCUCUCGAGUGCUUCAAAUACAUCGUUUCGAACCCUCCAGCUCCGCUCACUGAGGAGGACAUCUGGUUCCAGAUUGGCCAUGUCCACGAGCAGCAAAAAGAUGUCGACAACGCCAAGCUUGCAUACAGGCGUGUGCUGGAUCGCGAUCCGAAUCACGCAAAGGUCCUCCAGCAGCUCGGCUGGCUGCAUCAUCAGCAGAGCCCGAGCUUCGCCAGCCAAGAGCAGGCGAUUGAGUACCUGGAGAAGUCGGUCAAUUCCGACAACAACGACGCGCAGAGUUGGUACCUCUUGGGCAGAUGUUACAUGUCACAGCAGAAGUAUCCCAAGGCAUACGAGGCCUACCAACAAGCUGUCUACCGUGAUGGCCGGAACCCGACCUUCUGGUGCUCCAUCGGCGUCUUGUAUUACCAGAUCAACCAGUACCGGGACGCACUCGAUGCGUACUCCCGCGCGAUACGCCUCAACCCGUACAUUUCCGAGGUCUGGUACGACCUUGGCACCCUGUAUGAGUCGUGCAACAAUCAGAUCAGCGAUGCGCUCGAUGCGUACCAGCGCGCGAACGAGCUGGAUCCCAGCAACGUCCACAUCAAGGCACGCCUGCAGCUUCUCCGAAGUGGACAAGGCAUGCCGACCAUGAACACUGCCGCACCGAUUCCGCAGGACGUGCAUCCCAAUGCGUACCAGCCCACCAACGCCGUGGGUCCGCCAGGGCCUCAAUGGGGAGGCCCCUCGCAAGCAGCGCCGCCAGCACCAUCUGGACCCCCAGCCGGCCCCGGCCCCGGCCCGGGAAACUGGCCCACCAACAGGCUGGCUGAGAUCAACCCUCCUCCGCAGCCACCGAACCCGUACGAGCACCGUGAGGCAGCCCGAGCCCCGCCGCCACCACCUCGCCAAGCGAGCCCAAGGGCGGCGGAUCAGCAGAUGCGGCCGUACCAAGAGCCGCGCUACCUGGGCCCGGUGCCACCGCACGGUGCGGCCUCUCCUCAUCCUCUUCCUGGACCAUACCCAGGACCGGGUGUCCAGCACCCACCAACGAUCCAGCACCAACAGCCGCCCCUUGCGCCACCGCAGCCACACGCGCCUCCAUCUGGCCCCGUGCGUGUCCUGAAUCCAAACUACGGUGGCCCGGCACCGAACAUCCUUCCUCCCGCACCACCGAACGGACUGAACGGGCCUCCACCUCCAGGCGGCCCAGGACCGAUCCCGCCGUUUGGCCGCGGGAACAGCCCACACCCUGAGGUGCGCCCGAUUCUCGAUAACAGGAUCUCGUCACCCACCGCAGCCUACCCCCACCAACAAUACCAACAACCUCACGCCGAGACCCCCGCAAACGGUGGCAUCGCCAACGGUGCCCCCGCGCCCGCCUCUGCGCUCGCCGCCGCCGAAGCCGCAGCCGCCGAGCGUAGGGACGAGGGUCCCCCCCCUGUAGGCCCCAAACGCGUCCGCGAAUGGGAAGACGAGCUGCCACCAGUGCAGAAGAAGCCCGCCUCAGAAGAGACCCGCGCACACAUGAACGACGUGCACCACCGCCGUCCGUCCACCCCGCCGCGCGAGCCCUACCGCCGCAACUCCUCCGAGACGCGUCGCGAGGACCAGCGCAGGGCGAAUGAGAAUUACCACCCGAGCGAGGCGGCGCAUCACCCGCUGACGCACUCGGUGCCGACGACUACGCAGUUGCCGCCUAUGCAGCCCGCUGCUCCGCCAACAAGGGAGUCCCUCCCGCCCCCACCAUCGGUGAGCAAGGAUUACCCAAUGGUUGACGUCCAUGCGGAACGCAGGAGCCCGCAACAGCUUCCUCCGCCCCCACCACCACCAGCGCAAGCCCAGCCGCAGCCACCACAGCCGCAGCAGGCUAGCCCGCCGACGCCUGUUGCGGCGCCGGCGGUAGCGGAGGAGCGCGCGGCGAGGAAGAUGGAUGUAGAUGAGAAUUAUGAUGAUGAAGGGGAGGAGGAGAAGAAGGCGCCUAGCGCGAAUGGAGCACCGCCUUCGGCACCGGGGUCGGCGGGUGGUGCGCCCGCGGUGGAGGGGAAGACGGAGUCUCCCGAGAGGGCGAAUGGAGCGGGUGCGGGUUUUUUGGCGAAUGGACAGAAUGGCAUGCCGAAGCAGGCGGCUACUAAGGUUGAGGGGACCGCGUGAGGAUUAUGUAGUAGCCAGUGGGGGGUUAUGAGGAGGAUAAGAGGAGGGAGGUUGUUUUACGGCAUACAAUUACAUUCUUGAUGAGAGAACCCUUUUCUUUGUUUAGCGCGGGUCAACUUCUGGGA